UGCUCUGCCAUCCAUUGGCCAGGGCUGCUGCCGGAGGGAGCUGAAGCCCUCUCUUCCGAUAGCUGCGAUUGGUGAGGUCUGGUUUCAAGAUGGCGGCCAACGCGACGACCAACCCGUCUCAGCUCCUGCCGCUCGAGCUUGUGGACAAGUGUAUAGGUUCACGUAUUCACAUUGUGAUGAAGAGUGAUAAAGAAAUUGUUGGCACACUCCUAGGAUUUGAUGACUUCGUCAAUAUGGUGUUAGAGGAUGUUACAGAGUUCGAAAUCACACCUGAAGGAAGAAGAAUCACAAAAUUGGAUCAGAUCUUGCUAAAUGGAAAUAACAUAACAAUGCUGGUUCCUGGAGGAGAAGGACCUGAAGUGUAAAUUGAUUUAUUUGUCGUCUGUGAAGACUCUUGUUAUAUAUUCUGUUAUCUCAAUGGAGUGCUUUUAGUUUUUGUUUACAUUUGAAGUUGAUAUUUGAUAAAAGGUAAAAUUUCCUAUUCAGGAAAGAUUCAUUGCUGAUGCUGACUUUGUAAGUUAAAAUCAUGACUUUAUUAUAAAGACUGAUCUGCUGUUCAGAAUAAAACAAACAUUUUCUUUUUGUUAAA